ACUCGACUUGGACCCCAGUAUAGCCGCCUCAGCGCCGUCUGGUAUACAAUCGUGUUCGUCACAUGUGACAUCGCCGCUCUCAUCAUCCAAGCUGUGGGUGGCGGUGACGCUUCCACUGCCGUUCACCGGAACCGUUCGCCAAAUCAGGGCGGAAACAUCAUGUUGGCUGGCAUCUGCGUCCAAUUGGUUGCCAUUACCGUCUAUAUGGCACUCGCUAUCGAGUUUAUUAUUCGUUUCCUAUACGAGCGCCCAAUACGCAAGGUUCGGGCUAUCCAAACGACGACGAGUUCCGCGCACUUCCUCGACAGAAACGCCAAACUCAUGCUAUUCGGUUUGUUUUUCAGUAGCCUUACAAUCUUCAUCCGUUCUGUCUAUCGUACGAUUGAACUUUCCGACGGAUGGGAUGGCCGCAUCAUCUCUACACAACGCUACUUCGAUUGGCUUGACGGAGGCAUGAUUACCCUUGCUACCUACACCACUAACCUACUGCACCCUGGCUUCCUUCUUGGCAAAGGCAACACUUGGAAGAAUGAGAGGGAAGUGCGUGAGCAUGCCAGAGACGUUGAAACUCCCAUGGGCUCAGAAGGACGACCAUCGAAGGAAAAACUAUAA